UCGGUUGCUAUGACGCACUAUACUUCCGAUGUAAACAACCGAAAUUUAAUAAAUCAGUAGCUUUAAAUUUCUGUUCCAAUAUGAGUAUUCUUAACCAAGGGAGGAAUGAAAUUCGGUUUAACAAUUCUGACGGAAGAUGUCUACUAGAAAACUGGGUCGAGGAGCGCCAAGUGCAGAAUUAUGAUACAGUGGAGGAUGACAAGGGCCAGAGCAACGCACAGUUGUUCCGUGACGGGCAUGUGGGGAUCCUUACCAUUGACACCAAUGCCAAACCAGUGAGUGAGAGCACAGUAAAGGCUUCUUUUAAGACACCUGUGCAUCCAGGAGUACCGCUAGAAGGAAACAAGAGUAAACUCAUGCGCCAGAUGUACAUGGAACAGGCUGUACAGCAGGUGUUCCGAGAUGACAUCAAUCCCCCAGAGCCCGAGCCCCUAGACUACAAGUCUGUGACUGCCAAGGAUUUCAACAAGGAUGACUUCAAACAUGUGCCUCCAAAACCCACAAAGAAUCACAACUACCGAACAGAACAGCCGGUUACGUUUUGGAGUGAAAACAAGAACAAAAUAACCGGGGUGUCCAGUGUGAAAACAAGAGACUCUCCAUUCAGGAGGAACGACGCAUUCAGUCAACCUAUUGAUGAAUACUUUGAUGAUACUCAACCUUACGACCAAGAAAAUUACCCAAAAAUGUGACGAAAUACACUGCUUAAAGUGAAAUGUGUGUUGGAUCUUUUGCAUCAUGAUAAAAAAUGUAUAUAUCGUAUUAGCCAUGUUUAUUGUUAAAAAGAUACAUUAUGAUAAUUGAUCACCAUUAAUAAAUGUAAGACAAGCCUUUAGUAGUGUGAUGGUUGAAAACUAACAUAUAGUAUGUUAGUACCUGGUAUACCGAUAGUCCGUGAAAUCGCUCUCCUUACACAAUAUAAAAAUAUGUUUAUGGUGAGGUCGGUGUUUUUCAUCAAUUGAAUAAAAAAUCUAAAACAUUUCUUCGUCAGAAAAAUCAAAAUCGUAAGUUGCUUCGGUCGCAAAAUUAGGUUUCUGAAUACAUUAUGAUCAAAAACAGAUGAACAGUUAAGUCACAAACACGUGAUAAGGCAUGGGAAAUACACGUUCCAUGCUCGGCAAAGUUGUGUGUCGACAAUGAUCAAGCCAUUAAAUUGUAUGAUCAA